AUGGUCGAUGUUGAAACUAAUGUGGUAGAAGAAAAGGCCGAGCACACGGCCGAGGAAGAAGCUAAGGAGCCAUUGGAAAAUCCCGAAGGUUCGACGGCCGAAGACGAAGAGAUAUAUGGGGAAGAUGAGGAGUAUGCGGACGAUGAAUACUUAGAGGAUCUGUCGGAGGAAGCUAUGGAACACUUAGAGAAAGAACGGAAUGAAGAGAUGGCCAAGUUUGAGAAUGAGCUAAAAGUGGGCAAGGUCAAAGUAAAGUUUGGAGACUUUGACGAGGUAAAUGCCAUGGUUGUUACACUUCCACUAUUUUUCGAAGCUCGGCCGGAUCAACCUAAUUUAUGGACGGGGAUGUGUUCGAUGAGGUUGAGUCCAUGGUCCCAAAUGGAAGGGGCCAAAGAAAUUGAGAUGGCCCUAGAAACUCCGAAGGAAGGGAAUGCCCAACCUUGCAUCAUGGUGCCCGAAAAGGAGGAAAAAGUGCCCGAGAAGGUGUGCUAUGACAUGCCCACCAAGAAAAUGUCCUCCCACCUUAAGCCCUUGUAUGUGGGGAGCUCAUUUCGAUGGAGUUCCGGUGAGUAA